UGCAGGUAAUAAACGAAUCGUGAGAGAGAGAUAGGGGGAUUUGCUAUAGAGAGAGUGACACACAGACUAAAAAAAACAAAAUUUAGUAAAUGAUCGAUUUUAUGAGAGCGUGAAUAUACUCGGUAUGUUAAAUAAUACUAUAUAAGACAAAACUGGUUUCUGUUACAAGAGAAAGGAAAGCAUAAAAAUAGAAAGAAAAAAUAUCGCUUAACAACAACGAAAAACACGGUUUUGCUAUCUGUGUCCGCAUAUAGAAAAUUCUCUUCCAAACGGUUCAUCAAUUAUUUGAAAAGCAAAGCAAAGCUAUAAAAUUUUCUUUUGUUUUAAGUUGCUUGAUUUGGGUGCAAUUAUUUAGCGUAUUUUUUAACGCUCAAUAUAGAAAAAAGUAAGUGCCUGCAAAAAAGAAGAGCGAACGGCAAACAGAGCGAGGGAGUUGCAGAGAGAUCGUGAUUAAUUGAGUGUAAAAGGUCGGAGAGUGAUUGCCUCUCAGAAAAAAAAAAACUAUUCAAGAGUCACCACAAAGAGAGCACGAGAGAAGAGUACAAAUUGCAAACUUGUUUCGUUCGACUUUGUGCUGAUAUGUCAAUAAAAAACAAACAACAACAAUAGUCACAGCAACGCAUAAGCAGUCAGGCAGCAACAACAAAUGAUACAAAGCACGUACUAAACUGAAAUUAAAGUAGCAGUAGCAGCAACACGAGCACAACAACAACGACAAAAGCAAGGCAAAGCAAGGCAGCACUACCUAACCAAAUAGCCAACCAGCCAGCCAGUCAAGCAACCGCUUGAAAACAACUCGUUUCGAUUUCGUUUCACAGAUACCUUUCGGACGUCGAUAAAGAUACCUUUAAUUUAAAAUGAACUUAAAUUAACAUAUACUAUAUAUGUUUGCGUCGCGUACCACACAUAAUCAAGUGGAGAGAGUGAUUUAAGUGUGAUCGAUCGAGCAGUAAAGUUAUUUAGUUUUUUAAAAGUCGAAGAAAAAUUCACGCUGAAAACACAUAGCGAAAAUUGUACAAAUCAUCGUCGUAAUAUAUAAAUGAUACAUACAUACAUACAUAUAUGCAGUCAUAUGAACUAAGUGCGUGAAGAAGAAAAAGUGUAACGACAAAAGAAAAGAAGAAACCUAGAUUGUGCGUUGAAGUUGAUCAAAAUUUUGCAGAAACAAGAAUUUAAAGUGAGUUUGAAAUCAAAAACUAAAGCAGUAGUAAAUGCUGUAGAUUCAUGAAAAGUAUUUCGAAAAGAGCAAAAGAAGCAAAAAAAAACCCACAGUCAGAAACCAUUGAAACCACACGAUCCCCAGAGCAACAAGAGUAGAAACAACAACAAAUAACUUGUAGAAACGAGCAAAAAUUCCGCUUAUAUUAAAAUGAAACGUUGACAAAAACAACAGGAAAAAUAGUAGAAGAAGAAGCGAAAAACGCAGCGCUUUUGUUUUUGUUGGAUUUUUUCUUUCAUUUUGACAUUCUACAAGUGUGUGCAUAUUGAAUUAAAUAUAUAAAAACCAUACACAGAUGAUUUUUAGCAAAACCAACAAGAACAACAACAGCAGCUGAAAUUCAAAGACAACGUCGCAAGGGACACCACCACUGUAGUGCUUAUAUACAUAUAUAUAAAACUAGCCAGGCAUAUAUGUAUAUAUAUAUAUAUAUAUAAUAUAUAUACAUUGACCAAGCGAAAACACUGACUUCGACAACGGCAACGGCAAAAUCAGCGAACAUAUAUUGUUGUCUCGCUUUGCCACACCAAAUGUAGUCAUUGACAAAUGGAGAUACGUACAAAGUAUCUUGCAGAUACCACAACUGUUCGUACUUUCAUCAGCCGUAGUAGCAGCAGCAACAGUAGCAAUCGUAGCCAUAGUACUAGCUAUAGCUAUUAUAUUAGUAGAGACCAUAGCAGCAACAGUGGUGGCACUAAAUACCAACAAAAACAACACGUGAAUUCACACCACAACAGCAGCAACAACAACAACAACAACGAAACCUACCAUUAAUAUAAUCACAAGAAUAACAAUAGCCAAUACCAUUACACAAAUAUAAAAAAGAAAUAGAAAAUAUAGCAGCCGUAGCAGCAGCUAAUUCCAUGUCUACCUUAACCUAAUUAAAUAAAUUCAUUAUUAUUUAAUAACAGAAACAUAUGUAACUAUAUUCAUUUGUAUGGAGAACAUACCCAAAACUACGAGUGGAAUAAACGUGUCAUUAUAACUACACAUAUUACCCGUGCAAAAAAUAAAAUAAAAUAAAAGAACAUUAAAAAACUAUCACGUCAAACGACGGUGAGCAACAGCCAGUCAACAAGGGCAUAACCCAUACACAAAUAGGCCAUAUAAGACAGUGACGGCAACUGCGAAAAAGCCCCCCUGAUAUAGACAGUAAACAGAUCAGCAGGCACACAGCACCAGCAGCCGUGGUGCUUGUGGCUUUGUUAAUUUUGUAUUGCACAUCGCGUACACGCACGCACACAUUAACAGAAGGCGAUCCACUGUCGUCGAAUUAAUUGACAAAAAAUAAGGCAAAUUAUUCGUCGCACUUUUGCUUUAUAGAAUCUAAAAGCAUAUAAGAUAUACCAUAUAAGAGGAAAAAUUAGUAAAAUUAAAACAGCAAAUCAAAAGCAUAGAAUUGCAUACGACUAAGUUCCGUCAAUAAACCAUUCACUCCGCCGCAAUCAUAAGCGUAUUACCAACCAAUGAUCACGCGUAAUCAUCUACAGUGGAUACGGAAGUGAAUAAAACAUAAAGACAAAGACUAAAAAAUUAUUGAUUAGUAAAAAAGUUACUAACUAUCUUAAAUUAAAAUAUUAAAACAACAAAGCAACACAACAACUCAGCACCCUACCAGCGCAAGCAACAAAGCAGCGUAAUAGCUACGACUCAAAAAUCAGCAGUAUCGCUGUAAAAUACUACAAACAGCUACCAACUCAAGCACAAAAACCCCCUAAGAACUAAUUAAGAGAAUUUUCAAGCGAAACGAUUUUCCUUGUAAACGAAACUGAAAAUUAGUUUACAUCAGACACGUCGUCGGAUUGCUGAUUCCUAAGUACACUGCACUGCAAUAUUUAACUUGAUACUCGUAAAAGUUCCAAUAGGCAAACAACACAACCAUAGUACUUAUACAAAGAACUGUAUUAAGAAAUUUUUACAACAAUAAUCAAAGUAAACACAUCUUCAAACAUUGAAAAGGAAAAUUCUAGUACUAACCACAUGUCCUAAGAGUUAUAAUAUUGUUGAAAACAAAAACUACUAUAGUGGCCAAUAACAACAACUCUUCCACGGUUGAUGCUUCCUAAAAAUAAAAACAAAAAUAAAACCCAUUAAAAAUCUCGAACAAACGAAAGGACUUCCACAGACGUAAACGAAACCGCCACGUAACAACCAGCGAGCACUACUUAGCAGACGUAGUUUGAAGGCAUCGGCGCUAUUUGAAAGUUAACAUAUCGGUAAAGCCUUUUAACUAUUGUGUUUUCCGUUUGACUUGAUCCUCAAACGUCAAACUCCAUUUUACGUUCAGCAUUCCUAAUUUGAUAAAAUUUUUAAAGAAUUUCGUUUUACGAUAACUCUAUAAAAAUCGUUUUAUUCCUUCUUGUUUGUUUGAUUUUACGACGUGUGUACAAAGCGAGUGAGUUUCAUCAAUUGUAUUAUUGUUGAAUUAACAAUCGAACACACCACCGCCACCCAGCUUCCACGCAGUUUGUUUGUAUUGCGUUAUGACACAUUCGAUCGCCACUGCAAAAUGCCCAUCUGCACUCACGUCCGGCAAUUAUGGCAUGUCACAAAACCGUUACACCGAUGAAUCUAAGGAAUAUAUCUUUGUCAAACUCACCGAUUCCGCAUAUCGCGCCAUCGAGGAAUAUCAACACAAUGAGAAUACCAAACGUUUCACAAAUGGUCAACGUGCCAAAAUUCAAGUCAAUGGCAACUCCGGUGUCAUCUUUUUUCCCACAUUGGAUAGCAAUGAAGGCCGUAAAUUUGGUUUUACUAUCGAUGAUGUUGAGGGCUCCCUUGAGUGCAUACAACAGACGUCUGAAGGUCUCGAUGUACUCGGCUCAAUACCAUAUCGCAUGCGUAUACAUGCCAACGAUGAUAUCUAUGACACGACCCGUACCAAAAUGGCAAUUGCCGAAGAGACGGAGAAGAGCAAGUGUAUACGUGAAAUUAAACCAAAUCAAACAGACAUUGGACGUAAGGUGAAGAAGUCUGUACCUUCGUCGGCCAUCUAUCAGCAUUUGGGGCAUAGUGGAAAUAGCAACAGCAACAGCAACAAUAACAACAGUAGUAGCAGUAGUAAUUAUUUAAGUAGUCUUAGUCGUAGUAAAUUAGUAUCAUCGCUGAACAGUAAUUCGCCGCCAGCCGCCACACAACAUUCGUCAUCGUUAAAUAACAAACUUGGCGGCACAACGUUUUCCUCGUGCUCCUCGUCUUCACGCUCGCCCAACCCCACGUUAUUGGGUGGGUCCGGCACAGUUGCCAGUGGUAGCGGUAAUACCAGCAGCGCUAUUAACCGUUAUGGCAGCAGCGGUACAAGCAAUAUUUAUUCUCAAAGCAACGUCUCACCAUCGCUGCCAUCACUAACGUCCGCUUCAUCGCUCUCUUCCACCCUGGCCGGCGGCAUCGCUAACGGCUAUGCGUCCGCUGCACAACACAAUUCACCACCCGAGACCGCCACAUCUACAUUAGCUGGUAGUAGCGGCGGCAGCGGUAAGCAGUCAAGACUUAGCAAUAAUGCUGCUGGCGGCAAUGGUGGCAAUUUCUCACGGGGUGGUGGGGGCGGCCCGAAGUCGGGCGGUGGCGGCGCCAAAGGUGGUGGUACUUCAAAUACCAAUAGUGGUGGUGGCAAGUUACCUGAUAUAUCGCGUCGAAAAAUACGCGAACGGCUAAUACAUUUACUUGCCUUGCGGCCAUUCAAGAAGCCUGAAUUAUAUUCACGUCUCCAAAACGAAGGACUGCGUGAUCGGGAGCGUUCACUGAUUAGCAAUAUACUCAAGGACAUUGCGACGCUGUCUCGCGACAACACCUACAACUUACGUCGUCAAAUGUGGAAUGAUGUGAACGAGAAUUGGCCAUACUAUACGGAACAGGAGUUGCAGCAAUUGAAACGCCGGAAGCCGCAAAAUCUAACACCGCCGCUCAGUUCAGACGCGGGCAGCUCAACGUCGGGUCAAAGUCCAACGUCAAUACAUACCGGCAGUCCUCCACCACUGGGCGGUGGUAGUGGCUUGAGCGGCGGCAAUAGUUUGAAACGCACUAGUCUGGAGUACGAUGAGCCAUUCGUGAGCGCAGGUCAGCCGAAGAAGCAACGUAUUAGUCAUUUUAAGAAGGACGCAAUAGCUGCUGCCAACACCGCUAAUGCGGCGGGGAGCACAAGUAUCGGCGGUGCGCCGAGUAAUGGGUCGCGGGGUGCUGCCUAUGCUGUAAUGGGCGCCAGCAGCAGCAGCAGUGGGGCAAACACUGGCUAUCCUAUGCAGCGCAGCAAACAUGCUACAUCUGCGUCAACCUAUUCUCCACAAGGCGCCCGUAGUGCUGGGCAUGCUGAUGAGAACUCUGGCAAUUCUGAUCUAAGCUACAACGUGCUCAACAAUAUGGACGACUUUAUGUUGAAUAUAGAGCAGCAGCAAGGUAGUAGUUAUCUGCCACAUAGCAGCGGAAGUGGCGGAAUGCGAAAAUCAAACAGCAGCGGCAGCGGUAAGUCAGCUGGUAACAACCCGAAAGAAAAUCGACACUCUGGAGGCAGCAGCGGUUCAUCUAGUGGUACGAACAUUUCGCCCAAAAACAGCAAUAACAGCGGCAGCAACAUUUAUAGUGUACAAGAAAACGAAGGCAGCAAAAGUAGCAGUAUGAAACAUGGACUGAAGCGUGCGGCUUUAGCAAGCUCGCCAAAAAGUGGGCUGCCAUAUGGUGCCAAUUUUGUUCCAGAGUCUAGCAGUAGCACUAGCAGCGGCAGGUCGGCUGGGCGCGAUGUCAGCAGCGGCAGCAACAAUCGCAGUGGAAGUGGGAAUUACCGUCACCAGUCGCCCAGUUACCUGCAACAGCAACAGCAGCCGCAGCUGCAACAAAAGUCAAAUAAUAGUGUCAUAUACUCACCAAAAAUGCACACAGCCACGCACAGCGGUUUCAAUGAGCGUGAGGAUUAUGUGCCAACGGGGAGAAACGGCAGCAGCAAUCGAGCACAAGCAACGUCACGCUCUGCGGCGGCGGCGGUGUCAACAGCGACAACCGGUAGUAGACAGCAGCAACGCACCGGUGGCAUGCGCACGCCCACUUCACCAGUUCAGGAACAACAACGGCAUGCGCUGCAACACCAGGCACCACAUUACCAAUCGCAACAAACGACGCAUUCCGCCAGCACAUACUCCCCAGUGCAACGGCAUAACAACCAACCACCCCAUUAUCCUUCUCAUCAGCAGCCGCCACAACAACAGCAGCCAACACAGUUUGAAAGUCCAACGGAAAUGCCGACAACAAUGCCGCAGCACUCCGCCAUCACACACGAUACAGUUGACACAGACGCCGCUGCUGAAACGCCAAGCUAUGACUUUAGCAAUUAUACGGCUAUCACAAGCAUCGAACAGCGACGCCAAUACAAGACUGAAUUUGAACGGGAUUACGAUGAGUAUCGUCAAUUGUUGGAGCGCAUCGAAGAUGUGCGCCGCAACUUCCAGGUACUUGCCGAUCAAUUGCAACGUGCGCCACAAGGCUGCUCUGACUAUGAGCACAUUAAGCAGCAAAUUGUGGCCGAAUAUGAGCGCAUCAACAACGAGGAAGAGCUGAAACGCGACAAGCAGCGUUUCGAUUACUUGCAUGCCAAAUUGGCGCACAUUAAACAGCUUGUGACCGACUAUGAUAAGACGUUGACUUCGAUGGCGGCAGCGGCGGCAGCCGCAGCAGCAGCGGCUGCGGCACAACAGCAACAUCCACAACAACAAGAGCAGGAACAGCAGCAUGCUUCGGCAACGGCAGCAAUGCAUUUGGCCGCAGAUGCGACAUCGCAUCUAGUCGAUGGUAGGAGCAAUGUAUUGGCCGCGGCGACUGCGCAUAACGCACGCGUCUCGCCAAUGGUGAGUGGUGGUGAAAGUAAUCAUUCACCUCCUGGCGGUUAUCAGCAAGAAGCGCAACACUAUGCGCAGCAUCGGCAGCCGCCGCUGCAACAACAACAGCCAAGUCAUCAACAUGUACAUCAGCAGCAGCAGAACCAGCAGCAAUAUACGCCACUACUUGAAGAAACUGUGGUGUAUAGAAAGAAGAAGCACCACUCACACAGUAAUGUACAACAACACACACAGCAACAUCAAUAUUUGUCGUCGCCACACCAAUCGCCUGCUGGUGGCCAAUAUAGCAUACAGCAACCUCAGCUACAACAGGAACAAUUCCAUGGUAAUCAGCAGCACCAGUCCAAGCAUUUGCCAGUUGAUGAAAAGAAUGUAGCGAGACAUCAGCAACGCAACAACAACAAUAAAAAUGAUACAGAUUCAGAUGAUUCGUCGGAUUCCAAUGAUGAUGACGACGAUGACUCUAAUGACGAUGAUGAUUCGAACGAUGACGACGACGUUGAUGAUGGCUCUGAUUCCAAUUCGAAUGAUGAAGGCGAUGGCGAACAUGAUCAUGAGCGGUAUUGAUUUUUGUGCACAUGCUGUAGCGAAAUUUCGCUUCGCCGCUGUAUGUAAAAAGGGCAUAAGACACAAAGGAGACAUCCUGAGAAUUAGUUUGCAACCGAGACGUAUUUAGGAACUUGCUGAUUAUCGCCUUUUUUUCUAUGUCUUACAUUCACAUGCGAGCCUAGCUUCCUAAUGAAUGAACUCAGUUUGUGGUUUUUAAUUGCGAAAAUGUCUUUCAUUGUAUGAAUUAAGCAGCCGCCGCAAGAGUUGAAAAAAGAUAGCCCUGCAAAUAUAUGUAUGUACUAGUUUAUUUUUGUAAAUAUGAUUUUUCGGUUGUAGCAAUCGCAACCGGAAGUUGCCAACGGUUUUAAAUACGUGCUGGUUGCAAAAUCACUUUAGAGUUAGGAAUUUUGUAUUGCACGCGAGGGUAGGAAUGUUAAAAAAAUGUGAAUUGGAAAGUGCAGUGAAAAAA